AUGGACACAGAUAAUCAGACCCAGCCAAACGCUGAUGACAGAGCGACAAGAGACGAGUCCUCCGUCACGGAUACCGACGUCCCAACCACCACGGAAGCGCCUCGAAAGUCCCAGUUUGCUGGCUACAUUACGCUUGAGUAUCUCCAAAGCAUUUUCGUGCAGUUCACAAUAUGGGCACCCACCAUCUACGGCUUCCUCCACUUCCGCGCCGGCCUUUUCACGAGCGAUGUCUUCAUCUUGGCUGAGUUGGCUCCUGCAUUCUUCCUGCCAAACAUAUUCAUCUGUGUCCUCGCCAUCACAAUCGAGUACCUGCAGAAAACCAUAGACGCACAGAAGAGAACUCUAAGAGAAAAUGCGGAUACGGCGAAGGCAUUACAAGACGAGAAGAAGGCUUUAUCAGAAGAGCUUUCUACUUGUCUUCAGGGUAGAGAAGACGCAUAUGACCAGCAUAGGCAACGCAUCAACGAAGCCCGUCUUAGGCACUACACAUCCCUCCACAAGCACCAAAGCAGCACCAUCAGUUUCCUAGAACAUCUAUCCAGAACACACACCAAAACCCCCGAAUCUCCGGCGCUAAACAUCCCGUUCGAUAAGGUCUACAUGAUGCGAUCAAGAACACAAAUGCGACUGAACAUGGCGGAUAGUAUUGAGAAGAUCCUGUACUCGAAAACGACACGCGCAUUGAGAGACGAGGGAGCUGAUGGCUUUAUCCGCGAGGCAGAGAGUGAUCUGGAGAAGGCGGCGGUGGUAGAUGGGUAUUUGAUGCAUUUGGAAGAUCUGGUGAAGAAUCCUGCUGCUACUGCUAGGGUCGAUUCUGGGUUGGAAGUGAGGUUGAAUGGGCAUAGGGAGAGGCUGGAGAGGUAUUCCCCGAAGACGCUUGCCAUGAACCCCAACAUCAACAAAGACACGCUCACCUCGGAAGAUGAUGAGACGCUUCAAAAGAUCGAGAAUGCGAUGAUGGACGAGCUCGAUCAGGUCCUGCGCAGACUUGCUAACACAUCGCCGCAUAAACGACGCUACUUCUCGCCAGGCGCGUUGUUACUUCUUGUUCUCUACACACUGAUCCACGUUGUGUUCAUCCAGCCCGCAUCUUCGCUCCUAGGUCGCCAAUUCCUCAUUCCCAUCAUUUUUAUGGUAUUCAUAGAAGUCACCUCCGAGGCCUAUCUGGAACGGAUAGUAGGAUCGUACGAGAAGAUCGUUGACAGAAUGAGAGACUUGGCCCGGCUUUCACUCAACACGGCACAUACCUGUGAGAAAGCGCUGCAAGAGGCCGAGGAAGCGUCCGACCAAACCGCGGCGUACAGGACGACCUAUUUCCGCGCCUUCCACCAAAAAUUAAAUGAAAUGCGUCUGGAAUACUAUCAAGCAUACCUGGAUCACUACGGAACCCUCAUCGGCUACGCCGAACUCAUUACCAAGAAGGCGAAGACGAUGCCUGCGCCGCCUAAAGUCAAGGGCGCGAAGAGGAACUGCGGCAACCGCAUCAAGAACGAUAACAACGCUCUUACGGAGUCUCUGGAGAACUUUGCUGUCGCGCUCAAACAGCGGCAGUCUACGGCGAGGCUACAGAUUGCAGUAGCGGAGAAGAUCAAGGACAUACUCGAUCGCGAGGGCUUGUUACCGGAGGAGAUUGAUCGACUAGUGGAUGAGGCGGAAGAGGAUCUGGAGCGUGCUCAGGAGGCGUCGAACGUUCGGACUCUAUCACCAGGUUCUGGUACCUCAGACUCUAUCGCGUCGCCAUCGCCAGUCGUGGAGAGCGUUGAUAGCAAGCUGGAGAAGCAUUAUGAGGACUUGGAUAGGUGGUUCCAGAGCGUGCAGGAUCAGCCUGUUGUCGCAGAUGAGAACUGA